AUGGCCUCCAAGCCCGAGGCACCGGCGCAGGAGGUGCCGCCCGCCGCCGACCCAGACGCCCCUACAACAGCACCCGCGAAACAGAGCGUCGACCCCUGGAACGUGGCCGGCGAGGUGGGCGACGAUGGAAAGGUCAAGGCGAUCGACUACAACAAGCUGGUGGAAGAAUUCGGCACCAAGUUGAUCGAAGACGCGCUCCUGCAGCGAUUCGAGCAAGUCACUGGUCACAAACCGCACCGCUUCAUGCGCCGCCAGAUCGUCUUCAGCCAGCGCGAUCUUGAAGUCAUUCUUGACCGCCACGAGAAGGGCGAACCUUUCUUCUUGUACACGGGUCGCGGGCCAAGUAGCGACAGCAUGCAUAUCGGCCACACCCAGAUCUUUGAUUUCUGCAAGUGGUUGCAGGAUGUUUUCGAUGUGCCCCUGGUCAUCAUGCUUACAGAUGAUGAGAAGUUCCUCUUCUCCGAAAAGAGGACAGUCGAGGAGGUGAUAGGAUACUCUCAGGAGAACUGUCGCGAUAUCAUCUCCAUCGGCUUUGACCCGGAGAAGACAUUCAUAUUCUCAGACUAUGAGUUUAUGGGAGGGGCAUUCUACAGAAAUGUCACGCGGUUCGCCAAGCUCGUCACCUAUAAUACAGCCAGAGCUGUCUUUGGUUUUGACGAAAGUUCAAACAUCGGCAAGAUUCACUUCACCAGCAUUCAAGGUGCCACGGCGUUUGCGACCACAUUCCCGCACAUCUUUGGUGAAGACGAGAAGAGAGUGGCCAGCAUUCCGUGUCUUAUCCCUUGCGCAAUCGACCAGGACCCCUAUUUCCGUCUGACGAGGGACUGUGCAGCCAGACUGAAGUACGCCAAACCUUCAUUGAUACACUCCCGCUUCCUGGACGCGUUACAAGGACCCGGAUCGAAGAUGUCUGCCAGCAUUGAUAGUUCCGCCAUAUUCAUGAAAGAUACGCCCAAACAGAUCAAGGACAAGAUCAACAAGUACGCCUUCUCUGGGGGUCAGGAGACGGCGGAGCUGCAAAGAGAGAAGGGAGGCGACCCGGCUGUGGAUGUCUCGUACCAAUAUCUGCAAUUCUUCAUGGAUGACGAUGAGGAACUGCGCAAGAUUGGCCAAGACUACAAAGAAGGCAAGCUGUUGACGGGCGAACUCAAAGCAAUCUGCAUAAAGUAUCUGCAGGAGUACGUAGCUGCUUUCCAAGAGCGCAGAACGAAGGCAACAGAUGACAGAGUCAAACUCUUCAUGUCCGUCCGACCGCUGAAGUGGGAAGGGAACCCCAAGGUGAAGAGAACCGUGCCUCUCACAGGGGAAUCCUCGACCAUAGGAGAAGGCGGCGAGGGCGGAGAUGGGAAGCUGACUAAGAACCAGCUAAAGAAGAUAGAAAAGGAGAAGGCGAUAGCGGCCAAGAAGGCUGCGAAGGCUGCGGAGAAGGAGGCCAGUAAGGGUAAUGCCUCAUAG